GGAGGAAAGUGUGGCUGCUUAAAGGCAUAUCAUAGCACUUUAAAUGUAUGGUGUGCACGUGGCCAUAGUUUCUGCUGGACUGGAAACAAAUGUUUGGACACGCCCUCAUUUGAGGAUUAGCAGUUGCGCCGGGAAGCCCGCCAGCGGCGAGAAUAUCUUUACCGCAAAGCCCAGGAGGAAAAGCUUCGGGCGAUCCAGGAGAAGAAGGAAAAAAUUAAAAAAGCACUAGAUGAGAACUGCCUCAUCCCCACGGAAUUGCGGAGGGAGGCUCUGGGGCUCCAGAAGGCUCUCGAAUUUGAUGAUGGGGGUGGAGAAGGUGUGAAAAGCCACAUGGACGACGAGUACCGCUGGGCAGGUGUGGAGGAUCCUCGCAUCAUGGUCACUACCUCCCGCGACCCCAGCUCCCGCCUCAAGAUGUUUGCCAAAGAGGUCAAGCUGGUUUUCCCUGGGGCCCAGCGUAUGAACCGAGGCCGACAUGAAGUGGGGGCCCUUGUCCGUGCCUGCAAAGCGAACGGUGUCACCGACCUGCUGGUGGUGCAUGAGCACAGAGGGGUCCCAGAUGGCCUCAUCAUCAGCCACUUGCCCUUUGGCCCCACUGCCUUCUUCACGCUCUGCAACGUGGUCAUGCGCCACGACAUCCCAGACAUCGGCACCAUGUCAGAGGCACAUCCACACCUCAUCUUUCACAACUUCACUUCCCGUCUUGGGCAGCGGCUCACCAGCAUUCUCAAGUACCUGUUUCCAGUGCCCAAAGAUGACAGCAAACGGGUUAUCACCUUUGCCAACCAAGAAGACUACAUCUCCUUCCGGCACCAUGUCUACAAGAAGACUGAUCACCGGAACGUAGAGCUCACAGAGGUUGGGCCAAGGUUUGAGAUGAAAUUAUAUAUGAUCAAACUGGGAACCAUGGAGCAGGAGAGCACAGCAGACCUGGAGUGGCGCUGGCACCCAUACACCCGCACAGCUAAGAAGCGGAAAUUCCUCAGCGUGGAGUAGCAUGGACUCCACACUUCCUUCUCUUCCUCUGCUUGGCACCUCCUCCUCCUCAAGGAGGCUGUCCACUGCCUGGAGCCUGGGGCCUUUGUGAACUGGGGUCUUCAAAUUCACCCCAUAAACCUGUGCUUUCUGCCUCUUGUAGGGCUGAAAAUCUCCUUGGCCCAUGCAGACAAAGGACACAAAA